ACGGCGUUCAGACGGCUGACGGUGGUGGGUAGCGCGACUGGUGACGUGAGCUACGUGGCGCGGUGAUAUUACGCGAUUAUUUGACUAGGGUGAAUGAUUUAUCAAUGAAAAAUGAAUUGGCUUUUGUGUAAUAUAUUUGUGCUAAUAUGGAGUGGCUAUACAAGUGCGUAUUCCAUAACAGUUGAUGCUCACGCCGAGGAGUGCUUCUUCGAUAAGGUGGAAUAUGGCACCAAGAUGGGACUUAUGUUUGAAACAUCGGAGGGAGGAUUUCUGGAUAUAGACGUGAAGAUUGUUGGGCCUGACGGCAAAGUGAUUUAUCAGGGAGAACGAGAGACUAAUGGGAAAUACACAUUUUCCGCUCAUACAGCAGGUAUAUAUACCUACUGCUUUGGAAACCAAAUGAGUACCAUGACUCCAAAAGUGGUCAUGUUCAACAUGGACAUUGGGGAACCUCCGAAACAAGGAGCAGAAGGUGGUGAUGCAGAAGCGCAAGAGGGCGAUGCCCCCAAUCAUGGAAAGUUAGAAGACAUGAUUCGAGAGCUCAGCGCUAGUUUAACGGGAGUCAAACACGAACAAGAAUAUAUGCAGGUGCGAGAUCGAAUUCACCGUGCAAUCAACGAAAGCACAAAUUCUCGGGUGGUCAUGUGGUCUUUCUUUGAGGCAUUAGUGCUAGUCUGCAUGACGCUAGGUCAAGUGUUCUAUUUGAAGCGAUUCUUUGAAGUAAGACGUGUUGUUUAACAAAAUCUGGCGACAGCGAUAGUUUGUCGUAACUCAUUGUAUGUGUUUUUUUUUACAUUCAAUUAAAUUAUAUAAAAGGUCUA